GUGCAGCCUUGAAAAAAAAGUUAAUACGAAAAACUUUCCACUGUCUCACGUCUUGUGACUUUGAGUACUCGAUAAAAGCCCAUAUAAGUCGGUAUAUUUGGUCUAUAGACCCAGUGGUUGUGCACGUGUAACGAUAUUAAGAAGAAGCAUGGACCCUCAAGAGCUCACACACGCGACAAUCUCGAACGGAUGGUUCAGAGAAGUGAGCGAUGAAUCGUUCCCAGGACAGGCGUUGGAACUGCGCGUGAAGAAGAUCCUAUACACGGGCAAAUCAGCAUUCCAGGAUAUCCUAGUGUUUGAGAGUACAGACUAUGGUAACGUUUUGGUGCUUGACGGCAUUAUCCAGGUAUCUGAGCGUGAUGAGUUCGCGUACCAAGAGAUGAUCACGCAUAUCCCAUUGCUAUCUCACCCGGAUCCUAAACGUGUCCUGGUCAUAGGAGGCGGAGAUGGUGGUGUCUUGAGAGAAGUGCUGAAGCAUCCAGGUGUGGAGGAGCUAAUCCUGGUUGAGAUUGAUGCCACUGUGAUCGAGCUGAGUAAGAAGUACUUGCCUAACAUGAGUAAGUCAUUUGACGAUCCAAGGGUGAAGGUGGAACUGUGCGAUGGAUUCAAAUAUCUCCAAGAGAAUAGCAAGAGAUUUGACGUUAUCAUCACGGACUCGUCAGACCCAGAUGGCCCUGCAGCUGUCUUCUACGAGAAGAAUUACUUCCAGUUACUUCACGAAUGCCUCUCUGAUAGAGGCAUUGUGAUAAUGCAGGCUUCAGAGAACAUCUGGUUGAAGAUAUCAUUACUGCAAAGGCUUAAGGAGUUGAUGAAACAGGUGUUCCCAGUGGUUGAGUAUUGCUAUACCAUGGUUCCAACGUACACUUCGGGACAAUUAGGGCUAAUGAUAUGCUCAAAGGAUGAGACCCUUGAUUUGAAAACACCAACUAGAACGAUGCCCAAUGAGGACGAACUGUUCAAGUACUACAACGCAGAUAUUCACAAGAGUUCAUUUGUGUUACCAACAUGGGCAAAGAAGUAUUUGAAAUGA